AUGGGUAAAAUCAUCUUUCUUCUAGUAUAUGUGGAUGACAUUGUUGUCACUGGCAGCAACCUUCAAGCUAUUCAUCAGAUAAAAGCUACCCUUUCCAGUCACUUCUCUCUCAAAGAUCUUGGUGCCCUACAUUUCUUUCUUGGCAUUGAAGUUGUACCUUGUGCUAUUGCAUUCAUUCUCUCACAAUCAAAGUACAUUUUUGAAAUAUUACAUGAGCACUCCAUGCAAGAUAGUAAAGGUGUUCCCAGUCCAUUAAGUUCAUUAAUCACUUUGCAACUUGAUGAAGGAGCUGCCCCGACUGAUCCCAAACAACACCGUGCAGCCAUCGAAAAGCUUCAGUAUCUCUCCUUUUACACGUCCAAAUAUUAG